CAAGCAGAAAGACCAGGUGGCUGUUGGAAAGAGAAAAAGGACGACGCGCGACGCGUGGAUUCCAGGGACAGCCACGCACGGACCCCCGUCCCGUCGCCGGCCGCCUCAAGCCUGCCAAUGCCUAGAUUGGGCACAUGGCCGUCCGAACGCACCGUGCUGCCCAUUGUUCACUCAUCAAGGCAAUUCUGUGCAGAUCCAGCGGAAGGAGCUGCGUUUGGGUGAGAUACAGCAUCCGUUCUGACAUCCCGUGUCCAAAAGACAAAUGAUUUACUCAACAGACCAUGGACAAUCGACGAAUUCGGCCGAUUUGUGCCGUCCGAAACACCUACGAAAGCAUGAAGCGCGCAUGAUUAAAAGUCUGGAAAAGGAGCCCCGGGGCCUCCUUGCAGCACAGACUGCACAGUCCUCGCAGGUCCAAGGCAAUCUCAGGGUUAGGCAGGGUGUAGGGUAGCACUCUUCCAAACGACCAUCAUGCCAGACCAACGAUAUCCUUUCUGGCUUGGAGGAGUCGGGGCUUCAAUGGCUGCUGUCUGCACGCAUCCUCUGGACUUGACAAAAGUUCGCCUGCAGACCCUUUCCCACUCUGCAGCGAAGCGGCCAGGCAUGUUCUUUCUCAUUCGAUCUUCCAUAGCGCAGUCGGGCUUCCGGAGUCUGUACACCGGCCUCUCCGCCUCGCUUCUUCGUCAGAUGACCUACUCCCUCGUCCGCCUGGGAAGCUAUGAAAGUAUCAAGACAACUUUAUCUGAGAGUGGACGACCAUCUUCGGGCUCGCUCUUAUUUGCUGCGAUGCUUGCUGGCGGGCUGGGAGGUGUUGCCGGGAACCCCGCUGACAUUCUACUGGUACGAAUGACAAGCGACUCGAUACGGCCCCCAGAACAACGCUAUGGAUACUCUCACGCAUUCCACGGGCUUACAUGUAUACUACGUGAGGAAGGCGUUCGGGGACUCUUCAGAGGUCUUGGCACAAACACUACAAGGGCUAUCCUCAUGAACGGUUCACAGGUUGGUUCCUAUGAUGUCUUCAAAACUCUCCUUAUCUCCCAACCACUGCCAAUCAUUCAAUUUCAAUUUCGUGACAACUUGCUAUGUCAUGUAAUAUCAAGUAUCAUGGCCGGCGCAUUCGCAACGACUGUCUGUGCGCCUGCAGACGUGCUCAAAUCUCGACUGAUGUCUGCGUCAGGAAAUGUAAGUCUAUUAGAGGUUGUGACGCGGUCUCUUCGACACGAAGGCCCUAGCUUCCUAUUCAAAGGGUGGACACCAGCGUUCAUCCGGCUCGGGCCAAAUACGGUCCUAAUGUUUGUCUUUUAUGAACAACUUAAGAAAGGCUGGAGAACACUUGUUUGGUCUCCCCCGAACUCUCAUCCACAGACAAUCUAACCUGAACGCCGUAGAUCAUAGAUCUUAUCAGACCUACCUUAACGUCCCCAUUAGAAGGUCCGCAUUGCUUAUUUAUCAGUCUCAUCUUGGAUUUGGUAGCAUACCUUCAUGUCCUAUACCUGCAUGGUAGCAACGUAUAUUAUUUGGAUUAAAUAUUCUCGACCUAUUCUGUGCAUCUCCCAUGCUCAUCCAUUUUAGUCAGU